AUGUCCGACGCCACCGCCGCCACUGUCGCCUCGACCUUCCUUUCGACCUGGGUUGCCCGUUUCGGAGCCCCAGCUGUCGUCACCACGGACCGUGGCGCCCAGUUCGAAGCGAGGCUUUUUGCCGCUUUCCUCCAACUCCUGGGCACGCGACGGAAUCGCACCACAUCCUACCAUCCGGCCUCUAACGGUAUGGUAGAACGCCUGCAUCGCCAGUUAAAGGGUGCCAUCAUGGCCCACGAGGACACCGCCCACUGGUCAUCUGUCUUGCCCGUCGUCCUCCUCGGCAUCCGCGCAUCCGUCAACUCCGACCUCGGCUGCAGCGCGGCCGAACUGGUGUACGGCACUACCCUCAGGCUCCCGGCUGACUUCUUUGACGUAACAGAGGUCUCCACUCCCCCCGGAACUUACGUCGACACGCUUCGUCGCGCUUUCGCAAACGUCCGUCCUGCCUCACCUCGUGUUCCCUCGCCCAGAUCCUCCUUUGUCCCCCAGCAGCUGUCUUCUGCCUCGCAUGUCUUCAUGCGCCGUGACAGGAUCCGCCGCCCGCUUGAGCAACCUUACACCGGCCCUCACCCCGUUCUCCGGCGUUCGGACAAGUUUUUUACCAUCUCGGUUGAUGGCAAAACAGAAACCGUGAGCCUGGACAGAUUCAAGCCAGCCUUUGUGGAGCCACCCGAGCCCCAGUAG